AUGCGAUUCAAAACGGAGCUCAAGAACAUCCGUACCUUUUCCAAGCUCACAGCUGCCCUCAACUCGCUCGAGAAGAUCGCAUGGGUUCGCCUAGACGAUGAAACGGCACGAUUCACCGUCAUUCCCGACACGGGUUCUCAAGUCUGGUCUUCUCUACCCAUGGACUUCAUCUUUGACAGCUACCACAUCCAAUCGGCCGAAGACCACAACACCAUCAACCUUGAGCUACCACUGCAACCUCUCCAACGUGCCCUACGUUCUGCGCUCAACAGCACCUCUGCCUCGUUGCGUCUCACCAAGAAGGAUGGAGUCCCCGUACUGUCCAUGACCAUCACGACCACGACGAACGCCUCCUCGGGGUCAGGUCUCCCAGGCCGCAACGCCGCCUACGCCGGUCUUGAAAAUGAUCCUUUUGACGAGGACGACCAGGGGUUCGCCGCUGAGCAUCUAGAGACGUCUCUGCGCCGCGAGCGCGAGAAGAUCAUCACCCAGGACAUUCCCGUCCGGGUGCUGCAUCCAGAGACGGUAGAGACAAUCAUGCAGCCCACGGUGCGCGAGACAGACGUGCACAUCACCAUGCCGCCUCUGCUCCAGCUCAAGGCCAUCUCGGACCGCUUCACCAAGCUCGCGCUCUCGUCCGGCACAAACUCCCGCGUGAGCCCCAAGCUGGAGCUUAGCGCCAACAUGUUUGGCAACCUGAAGCUGCGGAUCGCCACCGAGGCCGUCGACGUCUCGAGUACAUGGUCGGGACUCGUCAAUCCGGAGUUGGACCCCACGCAGCUGGAGAUGCCCGUUGAAGAGCACCCAAGCGUCAAGUUUAAGGAGGGUGGCCCGGAGAAGUGGGCAACGGUGCGGGUAGAUGGCAAGGACUGGAGCCGGGUGUUGAGUGUAGGGCGGCUCGAGGGGAGAGUCGUUGCUGCAUUCGCAGACGACCAUGCUUUGAUUCUGUAUGUUUACGUGCCGCAGUAUGACGAUGCCACGGCAGACGACGCCGUACUGACCUACUACGUAACAUCGUUCAGCGCAUGA